UCCGUCUCCUCGUCCGGCGCUGGAGCCGCCCCGGUACCCGCAGAGGGUCUGUGCCGGGAGCUCCAGGCAAGGGGGAAGAGGGGACUGCCGCUCCGGUUCGGCCCUGGGGGGCUCGGCCGGGAUCCCCCCGAGCCCCUCGGACCCAACCGGACCCCCGGCCCCAGCUCAGCAGCGGAGAGAAGCGAAGCCCGCGGGGCGGCCGGAGGGAAGGGAACGAGUCAGGGAGGGGAAGAGGGAAGGGCCCACCUUCGGAUGCGGGCGGCAGCGCCGAGGGCGGGAUCGGGAGGGAUCCGACGGCACCGGGAGCGGGACCGGGCGGGGCCAUGACUCAGAGGGCUCGGGCGGGGCCGCGGUACCGCAUGGUGGCCGGUCCGCGUGGAAACGUCUCCUGGCGGGACCGUCCGCUGUGGGCGCGGCGUUGCCGGCCGCCUUUGCCCGAGCAGUAGUCGCGUCCCGCCUCCGCCCGCGCCGGGACUCGCAGCGGGCGGGCGGAGCUCGUGUCUCCGUUGGCUGUUCCGAGCGAGGGGCGGAGCGGCCGCGGCUCCGGGCUGCGCGCAGGCGGAGCGCAGCCGUCCUGCGGGGCCGGCGCGGAAGCAGUUCGUGCCGGCGGCGGGCGAGUGGCGGUGUGGCGACACGUGCGUGCGGCGGGACCCGGAUGCCGCGGCCGCCGGGCCCGCCGAGCCGGCCGCCCACGGCGAUGAUCGCGGAGAAGCUGCGGGAGGCGCUGGAGCCGGGGCGGCGGGAGGCGGCGGCGGAGCUGGGCCGGCCGCUGGCCGCCGCCGCCCGCUCCGUGCUGCAGCAGCGCAUCGAAUUCGUGCCCGCCCGCCGCGGCCUGGCCGGGCAGCUGGAGCACCUGCGGGACAAGUACGAGCACAUCGGGGCCGAGGCCAUCGGCCGCCCCCUCGGCAUCACCGGCAGCCUUCCGGAGCAGCCGCAGAACCCCCCGGGACACAGCCAUGCCCCGCCGAGGGCCGCGGGUGAUGGGAUCCCCGCGCCGCAGAAGGUGCUCUUCCCAGCCCAGAGCCUCUCCAUGAAGUGGGAGCGGGUCCACCGUGUGGGCGCCGGGCUGAGUAACCUGGGGAACACCUGCUUCCUGAACUCGGCGCUGCAGUGCCUGACAUACACACCGCCACUCACCAACUACCUGCUCUCCCGGGAGCACGGACGCACCUGUGCCCACGGAAGCUUCUGCAUGAUGUGCACUAUGCAGAACCACACGAUUCAGGCUUUUGCCAACAGCGGCAAUGCAAUAAAGCCACUCUCCAUCAUCCGAGACCUCAAGAAGAUUUCCCAUAACUUGCGCUUCGGCAGGCAGGAGGAUGCACACGAGUUCCUGCGCUACACCAUCGAUGCCAUGCAGAAGGCCUGCCUGAAUGGCUACACCAAGUUGGAUCGCCAGACCCAGGCCACAACUCUGGUUCACCAGAUCUUCGGUGGUUACCUGCGGUCCCGUGUGAAAUGCUUGGAGUGCAAGACUGUCUCGGAUACCUAUGACCCUUACUUGGAUGUGACACUGGAGGUCGAGCGAGCCGCAAACAUCGUGCGGGCCUUGGAGCUGUUUGUGAAGCCAGAGCAGCUGGGUGGGGACAACGCUUACAGGUGCAGCAUGUGCAGGAAGAAAGUGGCGGCCAGCAAACGUUUCACCAUCCACCGAGCCUCCAACGUUCUCACGAUUUCACUGAAACGCUUUGGCAGUUGUGGCUCUUCAGGUGGAAGGAAAAUCACCAAGGACGUGGGAUACCCUGAGUUCUUGGACAUCCGGCCUUACAUGUCCGAGCCCAAGGGCGACCCCAUCACGUAUGGACUCUAUGCAGUGCUGGUGCACUCUGGGUACAGCUGCAACGCAGGGCACUACUUCUGCUACGUGAAGGCCAGCAACGGGCAGUGGUAUCGAAUGAAUGACCAUGAGGUCCACCCCAGCAACAUCAAGGUGGUUCUCAACCAGCAGGCCUAUGUGCUGUUCUACCUGAGGCUGGGCAGCCCCAGGAAGAGCUCAGCAGGACCCAUGGCCACCGCUGCCUUCAGCCCACCCAGCUGCACUGCCAGUGACUCCAAGCCAAUGAAGAAACCUGCGAUUAACGGGACUCUGUGUGUGCCACCGAUGGGCCUGAAAGAAGACAAGCUGCUGGGGAAGGGGCUGCCAGACCCAGGUGAUGUUGGAGUCCCUGUUGCCCGCAGCUCUUCUGGGAUGGGGUCAAAGCUGACAAAUGGAGUUGCUCUGUCAAAGCUACCCUUUCAGACCCCAUCCUACAAACUGCCCCACAGAGCCACUCACGAGGCCACACUGCUGGGCAGUGACACAGUCCAGAGGCCCAAGAAGCCACAGACACCUGGCAUGCCCAGAACAGGCUUUCAUGCCGCCACCAGCACCAUGUGCAGGGCCAAAACAGGGCUUCCCCCACAGGGCUCAGACAGUGAGAAGCCACCUACCUCAUCCAAGCUGCUGAAGUCCAGCCAGGAGCCCAGUGGCUGUGGGGUGAUGGCCAGGACCCUUAAGAAUUCCUGGGGCAGCACAGUAGGGCAGCUGGCCAAGGAGACCCACAGGGCCAAGAGCAAUUCCAGCAGCUUCUGCACCUCUCAGGGAAGGGACUCUGGCACCCACCUCCCUGCUGGCCCUGGCACCAAGCUGGCUGUCCCUAAAGACUGUGACCUGGCUGCCCCCAAAAGCUCUGGGACAGCCCCUGUGAAACCCUCCCUGCUGGGCAGCGCUGCGCUGGAGUGGGGCAGCACCACGGCACCGCUGCUGGCCAGGAAACCAGAGCUCUCAGCCAAAAAGGGCAAACCCUCUCAGAAGGUGAGUGUGAGUGACCACCAAGCACGAUCCCAGCCCUCCGCCACCACCCAUCCUGACUCCACUCCUAGGCCUCUGGGCAAGUCCAGCAGGGACACGGGGUCUGGCCAGGAGGAGCCAGAGGGUUCCUUCAAAAAGAAGCGUCGGAAGAGGAAGCAUCGUAGCACAGACAGGAGCCCUGGUGCUGUGGCUGUGAAGGACGUGGGUGAGGUCUCCAGUCUUCCCAAGAAGGAGAGAAUUGUUUCUCCAGAGGGCUUCAAGGACAAAGACUCCAGGCUCCCCAAGAAGGAGGUCAUUGCCUCUCAGAAGGACUUCAUUGAUAAAGACUCCAGGCCCCCCAAGAAGAAAAUUGCCUCUCCAGGCGACUUUGUAUCUGUCACGGGGAAGGACGUGGCACACAAGGGUCUCAGCCAUGGUCUGGUCUGUCAGGACAUGAAGAGUGGACCCAAGCAACAUGUGCCAGAGCCCAGUAUUGGCCUGGGCAUGGAGUCAACUUCACCUCUGAAGAGGAAGAAGAAGAAGAAGAAUAGGAGCAAAGACAGGCCCUUGAAGAUAGAAGAGUGCAGCUCUGGGAUGCUGUCUUCAGACAGCUCCAGGACAACUGAGGCAGAGCCCUGCAGGACACAUCAGAGCGUGGAGGCUGGAGAGCACAAGCACCGCAAACGCAAGUGGAUGGAAAGCCUCAGCAGCCUGGCUGCCAACACUGUCCCCACUGCCAGCACCCCAGUGGCAGCACAUCCCAGUGACAACCAGACUGGGGAUGAGAGACCCUCCCUGGCUGCCCUGAGCCCUGUGGCCAGCAGCUGGGCUGGUGCAGCCCCUGAGGGCCAGGAGUCCAGCGUGGUGGGCAAGCUGCUCCAGAAUUCCUUGGACAAGGCUUAUGGCAAAGAAGUCUUGACCUGGCAGGGUGAGAUUUCGGCCGUGAGCCAGGAUGCCAUUCGGGACACAGCGCUGGCCCAAAGCAAGACUGUCAUUGAUGAGUGGGACCAGGAGUUUGACAAAGGAAAGGUAAAGAAAAUGAAGAAGAUGAAGCAGGAGCGGAGGAGAGACUCAAAUCCGUUUCAGAAGUUGCAGAACAAGCGCAACUUCUGGUUGAUGUCACAUCCUGCCAAGAUGGCCAGCCUGGGCCACCGGCUCUCAGGUUGAGAUCUGCAUCCCCGACUGCUCAGGGAGCAGUCCCGGGUCAAGGACCGAGGGCAGCGCUGUCCUGGGAGCUGUCGGUGGAGCACACUCAGAGGGGAGGGAAUACAGCCGCAGCCCUGGGGUUGUGCCUUUUCCUUCGGGGAGCUGCUUUCCAGCUGUAGAGGAGCCUGCCCACUCUGCCUUGCCUGCAGCCUGCCUCGGCCAGGCUCCUCGUCAGCUCCUCCGUGCCUCUUGCCCCAGCCCGCACCUGCGGGGGCUCCUGGCAAGUGCCUCAAAUCCAUCCCUGUUGCUCCAUGCUGCUGUGCCUCCCCUUCCCAGCGUUACCGACCCUCACUCCAUGACCCCCAUCCCCUGCACGGGCUGCAUGGAAAGCCUCCCCCGGCCCCGUGUCGGCCCGGCCCCGCGCUGGCGCGGGGGCACCGGGGGGGGAUCCCUGCGGGGCCGCAGCGCCGUCGCCGGGGCUACGGGCAUUGAAGGAUGGAACUGAAUAAAUCCCGGUCUUUGUCA